GAGUUUAGACAAGCGGAGGGAGCAAAAUGGCGGACGAAGAUAUUACGCUUGAUGGAAAACCUCUACAGUCGCUCCGCGUCGCGGAUUUAAAAGCCGCUUUGGAGCAAAGAAACCUGCCCAAAAGCGGUCAGAAAAACACGCUCAUUAAGCGACUGAAAGGGGCUCUAAUGCUAGAAAACCUACAGAAGUCAUCCUCCUCCCACACCCACAGUGCACUGCAGCCCAACUCUCAGAUUGGGGAGGAGAUGUGCCAGAACAGCUUCAUAAAACAGUACCUGGCCAAGCAACAGGAACUUCUUCGCCAGAGACUUGAGAGAGAGGCCCAGCAAGAAGAAGAGGCUGAUGAAAGCCCAGCAGUGCCAGAGGAUGAUGACGAGCACUUGGAAGACAAUGACAGUUUCUCCUAUGUCUCUACCAAGCAGAAUUGCCCCAUACCAUCCCAGUCCACUCUGAGUAGGGCAGAAGAGAAAGGAGGUGGUGAUUCAGUUGUGGGUCAUCGGAUGAUGGCAUACAGCACUGACAUGGACCCCAGUCUUGCCAUUCACUGCCAGGAGUCCUCUGAAACUCCGGGACCUAGGAUGCAGCAAGCAGCAGGGCAUAAGGAGCCACCAGUCCCCUCACCUCCCCGUGCUGUCGCCUCACUGUCAGUGCGUGUCCUAGGUAAGCCUGACCGCCAAGGGCUGCCCCCUGUUGUGCCCAGAGUCCAGGAAAAAGAGGGCACUGCACCGAAUGAACCAGGAUCAGCUCAUCCUGUUCUCCAUCUCAGCCGAUCUGCUGGAGUUUCAUCAGGAAGUCAUGUCCUUAAGGACAGCGACGAUGAAGAUGACAGUGAUGAUGAGCGUGACGAUGAUGACGAUUGGGGCCCUGGUCCUGGCAAGGCACGAAAGGGAAACAGAGUCCCUCCCCAGCCGCAGCAGAUGUCCCCUACUGUGGCUGGUGGAAGGUCCAAACGUAAGCUUCAAGUUCCGCAGCACAUCCCACCACCACAGGUACAACACACCCCCAUGCAGCUGCGCCACCCCACGCCUCCUCCCUCACCACCACCCAACCUGUUUCCCCUCCCUGAUACUCCCAAGCAGAGUCCACCAGACCAAGAAGACCAGGAGGGAAAAGCUCCUGCACUAGGCCCAAGGAUGGGGUCAUUUCCACCUCCUACCAUGCAGAGGCAAGACUCUGACUCAAGCUCGUGCUCCAGCAGUCCUGAGCCUCCUGUGAAGCGUAGGCCAGGACCUCUUUCUCUUCUUGUACACAAGAUGGAGUCAGAGGGGGCUUUCUGUACAUCUACAGAAAAGUCAGAAGAUACAUCUCACUCUACUGCUGGGUCCUCCACCGAAUCUCCACAACAAAAACUGGAGAGAAAGAGGCAAAACGAGGACAGAGAGAUGGAGGGGCAACUAAAGAAGGAGGAGAGAGAAAGAACAGCAGGAGAGAGAAAGAAAGCACAGGAACAGGAGAGAGAGAAGAAACACAUGGAAGAAGAGAAGGAGAGAAAACAAAUUCAAGAGGAGGAAAGAGAAAAAGAGAGAAAAUGCCAGGAAGAGGCAAAAGAAAGAAAACAUCAGGAAGAGGAGAAAGAAAAAGAGAGGAUAUGCCAGGAUGAGAAGAGAAGAGAGGAGAAUCACCUUAAGAAGGAGCAGGACAAAAGACAGCAGAUGGUGAACAAAGACAGGAAGGUUGCCACUGUGACCGAGGGACAAGAUUCAGGUUCCUCAUCAGAUUCUGACUCCAAAUCUGACUCCUCUUCACAGUCAUCGUCAUCAUCAUCCUCCAGGGAUAAAGCCUCUCCUGCCCGACAGCUGAAGAAGGUAGAGGAGGCAGAGGACGAGAAAACUAAAACAAACCUGUGUAAAGAAGUGGAAAAACAACACCUUUCAAAGAGGGAGGUGUCAGAGCCCAGUGCAGCUGCUGUGACAGAGGUGGAACCAGAGUCUGAGAGUUCCAUGGCUGAGCAGCCGGCGUCCGAGGCUGAGCCGGAGAACAGCGAGAACCGCCUGGAGGAGAGCACCACUCCUAAGGCUUUUGCUGCUCGCAAGAUAUCCUUGACCAGCAGUAAGUCUUCCCCAGCCACUACAGAUGGAGGAGGAGAGGGUGAGACAGGAACUGCAGCAGCAGGGAGGAAGAGACGAUGGGGCUCCAGCACAGCAGUCACUACUAAGAAACCAUCCAUUAGCAUAACUACAGACUCACUGAAGUCUUUGAUCCCAGACAUUAAAAUAAACCAGGAGGCAGUGGUAGACCUACAUCCAGAGGAGCUGCAGCUGUCUGAGGACGAGAGUAACCAGGACAACAGCCGCAGUGAUGAGGACAAAGGACUCAAGAUUCGACGCACUGUCACACAGGUGGUUCCAGGUGACAGCCAGGAAAAUGGCCAGACAAAUGAAGAGGAGGAGGUAGAGAAAAAGGAGAGGGAAAAACAACGCCGAGUUUCCAGAGACAAAAGGAAGAGCAGUCUCUCAGAGGAAGCCUCAGAAUCACAGACGUCUGUCAAAACUGAAGAGGAUGAAAUGAAAGUGACCCCCAGCGACAGCCUGGUGCGUCGCUCUAUUAGUCAACAGAAGACUGGCGUGUCUGUCACCAUAGACGACCCUGUUCGCACAGCUAAGCAGCUCUCGCCGCCUCGUGGCAAAAUCUCAAAUAUCAUCCAUGUGACCAACCUGGUGCGACCCUUCACUCUGGGCCAGCUGAAAGAGCUGCUCAACCGGACUGGCACUGUGGUGGAGGAGGGAUUCUGGAUCGACAAGAUCAAGUCUCACUGCUUUGUCACAUAUGCAACAACAGAUGAGGCAGUCGCCACUAGAACUGCCAUCCACGGCGUCAAAUGGCCUUUGAGCAAUCCCAAGGUCCUCAGCGUUGAUUUCUGUGAACAGGAUGAGCUGGACUUUCACAAAGGUGUCCUGAAGCCAGAGAUAGAGGACCAUGUGGUCCAACCUGUUGUUCCUCAGAACCGGCUGCCUCCUCUGAUGCCCGAGAGAGACAGAGAGCAUGACAGGGACCGAGACAGAGAUAGGGAGUGUGAGCGGGACAGGGAGCGAGGAGCAGCCGGAGUGAGAGACAUAUGGGCAGAGCGCGAGAGAGAGAUGGAGCGCCGGGAGCGAGCCCGCGGUGAACGGGAAUGGGACCGGGACAAGAUCCGGGAAUUCGCAAGACCAGGGGAGGAUGGACGACGAUCUCGGUCCAGAGAGAGAGAGCGAAAGAGGAAGGACAGGGCAAAGAGCAAGGAGAGAAAGACGGAUAAGAAAGAGAAGGGAGAUGAACCGCCGGCCAAACUUCUAGACGACUUGUUCCUCAAGACCAAAGCCGCUCCUUGCAUAUACUGGCUUCCACUCAGUGAGGAACAGUCAGCACAGAGGCUGCUGGACCGCGAAGAGAGGCAAAAGGAGCGUGAGCGGCGGCGCAAGGAGCAGGAGGAGGAGGAGGACAAGAAGCGCGAAGAAGAAAAGAAAGAACGGCUGAAGGCUCGGGAGAAGGACGUCGCUGUGACGGUCGGCGGCGGAGCAGCGGGACGAGGAGCUGACGCGGACAGAGAGAGGGAUCGCGGCCGAGACAGAGAGGGGGACAAGAGGAGAGACAGCGGUCACCGGCCCAGGCGACCCUCGGCAGGUGCUGGCAGCGGACGGCGGUCUCGAAGCCGCAGCAACCCGAGAGAUAGACGCCGCUGAGGUGUAGGGACAGCUGCUGGGAAAGCUGAGGGAGAGCGAGGGAAUCGGUGAAGCAGAGGACACAGCAGACAAAGUCUUGGGGAGAAAGCUUGUUUCCACCUGGCCAAGCAUCUUUCACCUCAAAUCCAGGACUUGUCUGCUCCUCUCUACCUGCUCCACCACGCUUUAAUUCAUCCACUUUAACACCAGCAUUGUCUUCCAAACGAUUCUGCCAUUUUUCCCACCAUCCUAAUGUCAAAUCACACAGAAAAUGUUUAAAUACAUGCUCGGUUUGAUGUGAAUUAACGCUCCAUCUAGCUCCACCCUUUCUCUUUCCGUCUUCCAGAAGCAAAAUCCAGUCCCCUCCCAGAGAGCACAGCGUUCCCUCUCUCCUCCGUGUAGCGCUGUUAAUUAUCCUCCGUUGAAGAACAGAGGCAUGGAAGGGAGGUGGUUUUUCUGGCUCGCCUCAGCAUUUUGUCCCUCUGAGGUUUGGGAGCCCGCCUCUUUAUUUUAGUUCUGUGGCUGCACAGUUCCUUCCUCCUCAGAGCCCUGUAAUAAAACCAGUCCAAAAUAGAUCUGACCCUAACGUGUUUUCUCUGAUCAGUUUUAGUGUUUCACUCUGCUGUCUUUUUUAUUUUAUUUUUUUUAAUACUGUAUACGACUAGAUUCACAGGCUGUCGUCAUGAGGAAAAGUUGUUUUCUUUUGUCAAAGUUUUAUGGAGGUCCAAUUUAUUUGGCCUUAGAGGAUUGUUAUGUGUGUGAUGACCAUCUUCACGCUGUAACCUAGAUGAGGUAGUGUAUGUUCAUGCGUGUGGUGGUGAUGCUGCAGACAUGCAAAUGCCCGAGUCUCUUUGAUGGUUGAUCCACAAAAAAAGGGGGUAAGAUGAAAUUCAUGUCAGUGGAGGUUUAUUCUGUAACAAAACAGGAAGCUGAACCUCCCUGCAUUGAAGUCUAUUUGAAAAUCCCUCCUUUAACCUUUCAAUCAAAUAUAUUUAAGGAGGUGGGAAUAAUGUUUCUUCUAAUAGUGUCAUGGUUACAAUUUUAAUGUUUUUAGUUUGAAGUUUGAUUUUUGCUUUUUCUCUUCCUGCAAGUGCUGAAUGUACCAAGAAUUUAAAAAUGAAUAAAUUUAAAUGGGUUAUCAGCUUUUCCUCUA